GUUGGAAAUCUGGCCGUUAGAAAUAAAUGAAGAGAAAGGAUCAUCGCCUCUUGUCUAUCUAUCUAUCUGUCUAUAAACCACUUGAAAGGAGGGCAGUCACAGCUUUAGUUUGAAGCAUAGUUUCUUUUCCAUGGCAUUAUCUGCUGCUGCUCUCUCUCACGGUUCUUUCCCAUCCCUCUCUAAUUCAUUCCCACAAUCCUUAAGAAGAGGAAACCAUCUUGGUUGUCCAUCAAUUAGACUCAUAAAAGCUGCUGCUGAACCUGAAAAAGAAAAGGCGGCUGCUACUACUACUACUACUACUACUCAGACCAAAAAUGCUAAAGGGUCUAGCAAUGAUCAACCUCAAAGCACAGUUGCCAAGCCACUUCCCAAGAAGCCUGUUUAUUCUAUGAAGAAAGGCCAGAUUGUGAGGGUGGAUAAAGACAAGUAUCUCAAUAGUAUUAAUUAUCUAUCUGUAGGGCAUCCCCCCUAUUACAAAGGCUUGGACUACAUAUAUGAAGACCGUGGUGAGGUCCUGGAUCUACGUAUUUUUGAGACUGGAGAAUAUGCACUUGUUGCAUGGGUUGGCAUCCCAACAGCACCUGCUUGGCUUCCCACAGACAUGCUUAUCAAGUCUGAGAAGCUCGACUAUGAGAGAUUGUGAACCAGUCUUCAAAAGUGGAAUCCCACACUUUCAAUGAUGCAUAUAUAUACCAUUGAUUUUCCAUAUCCAUGAUAUAACAUGGUUGUAAUUCACCAUGAGUUACAAAUAUAUUGUAUGACAGCAAGAAAGUCGUAGUGUAUCAAUGUAAUAGACUUGCAUCAUUCAUUCAUUACUUUGGUUGAUGUCCACGUAAAAGGAACUGGUGUAAAAUGAAAUCUACUAGAGCAUGUAUCAUCCAAAUUCAAUGUAUACCACAAAAGGCUUCAAGAAUUUAUAUUAGCCAAUUAGUAGAUAUUCAGAAACCAGGUACUGCAGCUGUUGAUGACAUUGGCAUUGGCAUUCAUAGUCAUGGUUUCCCAUCCGCCACAAUCUUUGUACCAACUUUGACAUAA